UUUUCUUCAAAAUUUUGUGUCGGGAAUGUUUUCUUAUUAUCCUUAGACGACGUAAAGUUCCCCGGUUGUAGAAUUACUUUAGCGUUUUUAAUUAAGCGACAUAUUGUCCGAAGGAUCAAGUACUUUUUGAAUGCGAAAUGCUAACGCUCAUGCAUUGUUAGCGAAUAUUUUUGAAAUUCAAAUGCUUAAAGGUGUGAAUUGAUAUCAAAUAUGAAGAGACAAGACCGAUAAUUAUUAGACUUGGUGGGAAGCAAACUGCAGCGGUGCAUUUCAGUUAAACUAGAUUUUCACGGGGCAUUAUUUUGGUUUCUGUUCUCAAAGCUGUAACGAAAAAUUAUAUCACAAGAUACUCAGUCGACGUUAUUUGUUGGUUUUAAUUUUCGCGGUAAGAAAUAUUUUAUUGGACCAAAGGAGUGUUAUCAUCGAAGGAUUUCAAGUUGUCCUCGGAGAGAAGCCUCAAAGGUCGCAUUUUUGGUGAUGGCCAAUCUUCUUCGUUGUCAAGACUACCAUAUGAUCUCAGUUAUUGAAGUUUAGAAGUUGACUAUCAAUAUAAUCGAGAAGCUAUCGAGUCAAUCGUCGAAUAAGGUAUUUGGUCGUAAGUUGUCACGCUUUAAAGCCACGAGCAUCGUAAACUUACACCGCUAAACAGAAAGCUACGAAUGAUUCUGAAUAUGGGUUGAAACUUUGCUCGAUAUUUAUUCUCGGUAAAAUGGAACAUUUGAAAUCGGUCGCGACUUCCAGGGAACAGGAUUCCGCUUCAUAUAUGUUCUUAAAUUCUACCUGUGAGUAUUUGCUACGAAUUUACGAAUGUUCUAUGUUGUCAGUGUAGAGAAGUCAAGUCAUCUCUACUAAUUAUUCGCAUCAGUUUAUUUAUGAAUAACUCUCCCUGGGUGAAGAUUUAUUAACCUGAGUCAGAAGCAUUGUAUAUUUGUGGCCAUGUCUAAGGUUAAAAUACCCGAAAAUACAGCUUUGCAGGACAAUGCUAUCGCCGAGUUCGGAAAAUCACAACGAGAUUCCAAAAACUUGGAGGACAAAAUCAACAUAGAUGGCGGCGAAGUUGAUGAUGAUGAUGAUUUAUACAAUGGAGUUGAUAUUUUGGAAAAUUUCGAGCCUGUGGCAUUUUACUUCAUCAAGAGAGAACGUCUUCCUAGACUAUUCUUCAUUCACCUGGUUUCUUGGUCAUACUUUGAGCGCAUCAGUAUAUUCGUUAUUCUAUGUAACUGUGUCACGCUUGGUCUCUUCGAUCCAUUCGACGAUGAUUGCGUGACACGGAAAUGCCAGAUCCUAGAGAAGAUAGAGUUUGCGAUCUACGUGUUCUUCGUGGUGGAAAUGUUGUGUAAAUGGAUGGCAAUGGGGAUAUUUGGAAAGCUGGGAUACUUAGCUGAUAACUGGAACAAACUCGACUUCUUUAUUGUUGCUGCAGGGACAUUUGAAAUAUUCUACGACAAAGGAAAGUACAUGACUGCAGUGCGUGCCAUACGAGUCUUAAGACCUUUAAGAGCAAUAAACAGAGUACCAAGCAUACGAAUUCUUGUCACCCUACUUCUCGAUACGUUACCGAUGCUGGGGAACGUUCUAGCAAUGUGUUCGCUAAUCUUCACGAUAUUUGGGAUAGUUGGUGUUCAGAUGUGGCAAGGAUUAUUAAGAAAUCGUUGUAAGAUAGAAAUGCCAACUAAUCUCUCAGCAAAUGAUUACAAUUUAAGCACAUUCUAUGUGCCAAGCGAAGGAGACUUUGUUUGUUCUCCACCAGAAGUAUCAGGAAUGAAGCGUUGUUCGAGCAUCGACCCCUACAGAGCGAACGGUCGGGACUGUUCGUUGGAUUAUGAGACCUACCUUGAAACGACCGCCCGCUCUAACCACACCAACGUGUGCGUCAACUGGAACCUGUAUUAUUCGAACUGUACUAAGAUUGGAUUAAACCCGGUUUAUAAUACCAUAUCAUUCGAUAACAUUCUUAUAGCAUGGGUGGCCAUUUUUCAGGUAUGGAAAAAAAAGUUUUUCACUGAAUAUCCAGUUUAUAGAAGGAAGGCUCAACUCUCUUUUUUUCUUCGUUUUUGUUUUCUUCAGAUUGGUUCGUAUUUCAUGACAAAUCUGUGUCUAGUUGUCAUAACAACACAAUUCCAAGAAACCAAGCAAAGAGAGAAUGAUUUAAUGCGUCAGAGUCGACGCAAACACGCAACAAGCACUAGUACUAUAGCAAGCAGUCGGUUCGGCCGCGAUGGAUGUUGGAUAGAAAUACUUAAAUAUAUUGGACACGUGUUUCGACGAACAAAACGUCGUUUGGGCAAAACAAUCAACAUCAAAUGUAGUAAAUCAGCUACUCACAAAAACCGCGUUGCUAAGAAACGAAAGAGACGGAAGAAGAAGCUUGUCUAUCAUCACCACCAUCAUCAUCAUCACUACCAUCAUUUUCACCACCAUGUGCAUUGCCCGGGGAAUGGACAAUAUCUUGAUGGAUACUACCCUCUACCCGAGGGGUACUUAACUCCAAAUCUAUCAACUGUAGACUUUAGUACUAAUAACGGACAGUCGGUCGAUAUCAUACCGGGGAAUACUCUCACCAUCCCCGGUCAAGUACCGACCAAUAAUUUCUAUCAGGGGGAGGGUAGGGAGGGUGAUGAAAUUCAAAAUGGCGCCGAUUUGCCAGGCACGGUGCCUAAUAUCUCAAUAGUUGCAGGAUCAGCUUGCUCUGUACGGCCUUCGACUACACCUAAAAUGGGGGAGAUGGUCACUAUGGCAACGGCGGCUGUGAAUAUUAACGGCCAGCCAGCUUUGUCGGACGUUGCAGCGCAUUCCUUUGUUUCAGCGGCAUCACUGUCAAGCGCAGCCGCAACUGCUACAGCUAGUGCUGCCGCUGCUUCGAUGAUACAAAACGCGUGUGAAUGUGCUGUCAAUCACGCGGAUAAGGGAAUCAAUGUGGAGGAGUUUGAAUCUGAAUUUGUCUACGAGGGAGAAGAAUCCGAGACUGAUUACUCCGAUGAUGACUUUGACAAAGACGAACGGAAACUCACGCCAUUGAGGAAGCUUCGACAUACUUUACGAGUCUGGGUGGACAGCAAAUGGUUCAUGUAUAUCAUCAUGGGAGCUAUAUCUGUCAACACUUUAAGCAUGGGGAUCGAGUACUACGGACAGGAACAAGAGAUGACAGACACCUUAGAGUACCUUAACUACAUAUUCACAGCGAUCUUCUUCCUCGAGAUGCUCCUCAAGCUGGCUGGCCUUGGUGUCUAUGGAUACAUCAAAGACGCGUUUAAUCUUUUUGAUGGCACGAUAGUCAUAAUCAGUAUCGUUGAGCUAUUUGGUGACGGCAACAACAGUAUCUCCGUCCUCCGCUCCUUUCGUCUCCUUCGUAUCUUCAAAAUCGUCCGGUUCCUUCCCGCCCUGAAGCGCCAGCUACUCGUCAUGAUUCACACCCUCGACAAUGUCAUGACAUUCCUUGCUCUUCUCUGCAUCUUCAUCUUCACCGCAAGCAUUCUAGGAAUGAACUUAUUCGGAGGGAAAUAUAAUUUCCCUGAUGAGGAUGCAAGAGCAAACUUUGACGACCUGUUUUGGGCUAUUGUCACAGUGUUUCAGGUUCUGACGCAAGAAGACUGGAAUGUUGUGAUGACCAAUGGAAUGCGAGCGAUCGGGAAGUGGGCGGGGCUUUACUUCAUUUUGUUGAUGACUAUUGGGAACUACAUUCUGUUUAACUUACUCGUGGCCAUACUGGUCGAGGGAUUCGCAAACCAACCGGAUAAAGGAGAGAGUUCGGUCAACCUCAGGCAGGCUACCAUUCCCAAAUUUGAAAACCAGAUAGCGAAGCGACAAGAGUGUUCUCUAGAACAACAAUCGAAGUAUUAUGGCGGCAGUAAACCCCGCGUAUGUAUCAGUCCAACACCAUCUGUCUACUAUGUGGAUCAAUUGGGAUGCAAAACAUACGAUGGCUCAAAGAUCUACACUCGUAGGUCUUCGCUACCUGUUAUGUCUAAAAGUCGGUAUCCCGAAGUAGCACCGGCUGCUCCACGAAGUUGUCUAUCGCCCAGUCCGUCGCGGAAAUUUGGCAAGUUUUUUCCACCAAAGGGAAGAACGGAGGUGUUUGUUACCAGUCCUUCUCAGGAUGAAGAGGAGGAAGGGACUUGGACAGAGGGCAAAGAUACUAAGACAGAGGAAGAAAAGAGCCCGGAUGAGUCAGUUAAGGCAUCGUCUCGAUGCUGUGCCAAGCGAUCUGAUUGGUCCUUGUUCAUCUUCUCUCCCGACAACAAAUUUCGUGCACUAAAUAUGAUGAUCUACAAGAAUAAAUGGUUCGACAGAGUCGUCUUGUUCUUUAUCUUACUAAACUGUGUUGUCAUGGCUCUGGAGGGACCUUCUGUGAAGGAAGGAAGUAUGGAACGUCGAUGGAUUGACAUCUUUAUGUAUAUAUUUCUUGCCAUCUUCACCUUGGAAAUGAUGAUCAAGGUGGUUGCCAAGGGGAUGUGGAUUGGUGAAGACGCCUAUCUUCGAAGCGGUUGGAACGUCAUGGAUGGUUUCCUUGUUAUCGUCUCCUGGAUUGACGUCAUUGUGACGUUAUCCACCGACAGUCAAAACAACAUUCUUGGCGUACUGAGGGUGUUUCGAGCCUUGAGGACACUACGACCCUUAAGGGUGAUCAGCCGCGCACCAGGCAUCAAGAUUGUAGUAGAGACAUUGAUCUCGUCUCUCAAGCCCAUUGGUAACAUCGUCUUGAUUGCUGCUACGUUCUUCAUCAUAUUUGGGAUUCUUGGGGUACAGCUUUUCAAGGGAAAGUUUCAUCAUUGUGUUGGAGCGAGCGGCCCUGUCACCACCAAAGCAGAAUGUAUAGAGAAGAAUGGAGAAUGGAAAAACAAAGAAUAUAACUUUGAUAAUCUAGCCAAGGCACUUCUUACGCUCUUCGUGUUUGCAACAAAAGAUGGUUGGGUGUCUAUCAUGUACGACGGCAUUGACGCUGUGGGCAUUGAUAAACAGCCAAUCAAGAACUACAGUCAAGUGAAGGUGUUAUACUUCGUUGCCUUCUUACUGCUUGCUGGGUUCGUUGUCCUCAACAUGUUGGUUGGAGUCGUGGUAGAGAACUUUCAAAAAUGCCGAGGCCUGAUCGAAAUGGAACGAAACGAAGAAGAACAGAAGAAAAAAGAAGAUGAGAAGAAGAGAAUUAAACAAUGUGAAGAAGAAGAAGCACUAAGCGAACACUUUUCACAACCUCGUCGCUUCAUCCAUCAUAUCUGUACUCAUGGCUACUUUGAUCUUGCAAUAGCUGCGAUCAUUGGCCUGAAUGUGAUCUGUAUGGCGUUAGAACACUAUAACCAACCAAAAGCAUUAGGAACCUUUUUAGAAUCUGCCAAUUACGUAUUCACCGCCAUCUUCAUUUUGGAAGCCAUUUUGAAAAUUUAUGCCAUGGGAUUUAGGAUUUACUUUCGAGACAAAUGGAACCACCUGGACAUGUUGAUAGUCAUCCUGUCUGUUGUUGGCAUCGUGUUGGAAGAAAUGAACACCAAGGAACUGCCAAUCAACCCAACCAUCAUCCGAGUCAUGAGGGUAUUGAGGAUAGCAAGAGUUCUCAAGCUCCUAAAAACUGCAGAAGGGAUUCGUAAGUUAUUGGACACGGUACUUCAAGCUCUGCCACAAGUUGCCAAUCUUGGACUACUUUUCCUUCUACUUUUUUUCAUCUUUGCUGCUUUAGGAAUCGAGCUCUUUGGCAGAAUUGACUGCAAGAAGUUUAAUUGUGAAGGGAUGGAUGAGCAUGCACACUUCCAAGAUUUCGGCGUAGCAAUGUUGACACUAUUUAGGAUUUCUACGGGGGACAAUUGGAACGGGAUUCUAAAGGAUACUAUAAACGAGAAAAUCUGUGAAGUCAGUCCUGAUGUGGACUGUAAAGUCCUAGAGCACGUUGCUCCGAUAUACUUCGCGGUAUUUGUGCUUGCUACUCAGUUCGUCUUGCUUAAUGUUGUUGUUGCUGUGUUAAUGAAACACUUAGAAGAAGCCAAGGAAGAGGACAAUUCUUCUACUUCUGGGUCACGCAACUCCAUUACUUCGUCACGCAAGGAUUCUAAAGAACAAGAAGAACCUGUGGUCACGCUAAAGGUCCCUCCUUCGGAAAAGUUUCGGAAAGUUUCGUUUGAUGACGAUUCUGGCAAAAAAGAGAAUCAAGCGACUGUAGACAUAACUGUUCCAACAAAUCGAGGCCAAGGAGUACUUCCUUUGGUAGCAGUGAAUGGUGAAGAUGUGAAUCAUUCGGAUUCUGAAUACAGCACGACAUCUCCUAUCCCUCAAACCAAAGUAAUGGAACAUCAGAAACCUGUCUUGAGCCAAUCAACACCAACUCUUCGCCCUGUGCUACGAACAAGAAACAGAUCGUCGUCGGCAGCACCUAGGAUCGUCAAAGAGAUUAGUAGUAGCUCAUCUUUAGCAAAACUUAGCCCUAUUUUAGGGAGACUGGCAAAAUCACGGCGUUUUGAUGACUCUGAUGAGCUUGUCAGCCGUGCGCAUGCGCAUACUCUUCCUCCGUUGGAAUUUUCCGGCAUGACCAACCACGCUUCCGAGAACGACUUAAGCCCUGAAGGUGGGAUUCCUUUGUCCCCGAGGGCUCCAAUCUAUAAAAUGAGUGAAGAUAGUGAUUUGUAUGAUAGUAACUUAGAAGGCGAUUACAAUGACUCUAGCCAUACGCCAAGUUCCCCUCGACCAUUGCGUCCUUCGAUCAAGUCCAACACUUCCGGUGCUUCUUCUACUUCCGGUUCCUCUUCGUCCAGUUAUAACGAUGAUCGUCACCAGGCCCCGACGAACUCUUUGCCUUCAAGGUGUACAGAAAAUGCUUGGGGUACCCCUAAAUCAGGUAGUAACCGAAGUAUCUUGUCAUCCUUUUCGGGGCGACGGAGGUCAAGUAAGGGGCGUCGCCCUUCAGCAGGCGAGUCAAGAAACAAAAGAAGUAACAAAAAACAGAGUUAUGUUUAAACGAGCUCUUCUUCGAGAGAUAACGGCCUACGAAAGGUAACCUCGCCUUAUUGCUGUCACGUGCCACGUCACGUGACUUGAAAGCGAUGCUGGUUCAUCGUCCAACACAGGGGUUACUACCUCAUGUAUGAUUAUAUAUUAUGGAUCCUUUCAUAAACCAAGGAUCGUGUCAGCGAUCCAUUAUGAUUAGAGGUCUACAUGAAGUAGUAACCUCUUAUUUUUGAUAGUGUCUCCAUGGAAACGAAACGUGCGAUGAAAGAUUCUGAAAUCUCUUAGACCUUGAACAACAGGGGUCUGGCUUACACAAGUAUUUAAUAUUUAUUUUUACUUAACUUUUCCCAUUCGAUCUCUAUGAAAGUAAAAUAUAGUCGAGUCUCUCUAAUGUUGCCCCUAAAGGCUGGACACACGAUGUGAUGUUGUUUCUGAUGUUGCCUGCAACGUUGCUUGCAACUUGGUAAAUUGCACUCCUUGUCCACCCAGUGCAACGGUUGCAUUGUAGUUUUUCCUUUUUAUGUCUUAUCGUGUCUCUGAGCCUUUAAAAGACAAGCCAAGCAUUGAACAGGUUUCAGUAACAGAGAGAUGUCUAUAUUAGGAGGUCUGUUUGAAAGAGAAUGAGUGCACAAUAGCAAAUGUCCGUGUUAUAGAGGUCUCUUUAUGAUGAAUAAGUGGGGUCAGUACCAAAGAAACUGUCCAUAAUAGAGAGGUGUCCGUAUUAUAGAGGUCUUGUGCAGCCGUGUGUCCGUUAUAGUCAGGUAUUCA